AUGACCGCAAAUUCUCUGGUGCGCGCGUGCAGCGUGGUGACGAGGGACGGGCUGGCGUACGCCUGCAAGGUGGUGUACACCCGGCGGACGUCUCGCAACUUCCGCGUCAAGUUCCUCCCCCGCCAGCUGGGCAUCCUGAGCCGCCUCCGGCACUCGCACAUCGUCCGUGUCCUGGAGAUCCUGCACCGACCAAGCCGGGUCUUCAUCGUGAUGGAGCUGGUCCUCGGCGGGAACCUGUUCACCCUCGUCUCGGUGAGUCGGCUUCCCGAAAGCCGCGCCCACGAGCUGUUCGUGCAACUGGCCUGCGCCGUGGCCUACCUGCACCGGCACGAGAUCGCCCACCGAGACAUCAAGUGCGAGAACGUGCUCCUCUCGCGCGACGGCAUCGUCAAGCUGGCGGACUUCGGCUUCAGCCGCUACUGCGGUGAGCCCCGGGAAGCGGCCCAGACGUACUGCGGCAGCGAGGCGUACGCGGCGCCGGAGGUGCUCAAGGGAGUCCGGUACCUGCCCAAGAGCGCGGACAUGUGGAGCCUUGGCGCCGUGCUCUUCGUGCUGGUUACCGGGGCCCUGCCCUUCGACGUGGAGAACCUGGCUCGGCAGGUCCGGCAGCAGAUGACCCGCACCGUCCGCUUCCCGAGGCAGCUCGUGGCCACGCCGGAGCUUAGGAACGUCAUCCGGACUCUGCUCGAGCCCGUGGUGCACCUUAGGGGGACCAUGGGACAGCUGGUCAGGCAUCGCUGGAUGAGGAUGUAUCCGGAUCCGCUCAAGAGGUAG